ACAACAUACAGCUUAGAACUCCAGUAAUGCCAUCUCUGGAGCAAAUUUUACAUUACAUCAGAGCCAAACGUUGAUAAACUAAAGGAUCAUGACGAGUUCACAACAAGUGCCCAUCAGCUAGUGCUAAGUUAACAUCCUGUAGAAAAACAUACCUAAUGCCACAAAAAAACAAUAUAACGUCAGAAAAGAUCGACAUAAUGUCACUUUUCAAGAUACGUCAUACCCGCGCGGAGAAGUAUUGUAUACAGAUACCGAUUCACUGAUCCACAAUAUCCUCUCAGAAUCACGCAAUAUUGUGUUUACAUUCGUAUUCAGCUGAGAUACGCCGUGAUCUUCUGGGCAGUUUGGUACAUUCUCCCUGUCAUCCUAUGCUCCACUGAGAAAAUUAAUGCAGGUGUGUUACUUAUGUAUCAAAUCAUAUCUUCAAAGUGUCUCAAGUUCGGACGUUUUCUCAAACCGUUAUGUCAGGCCUCAACACCCUCAUCAAAAUUAGUGGAAUGGAUAAUUGAAGAUGGUGUUCAGGAAAAUAUGGAGAUACAUCAACGAGGUAGAUGCAGGAUACGCUGCGAAAGCUUGUACCAUCAAUAAGUGUGACAUCUAUCUUCGUAACAAAUGCGAAAGACAGUCAAAGAGACUUUCUGUUCAAUGUCGACGUUUAGGCAAAAACCU